GGCUUUCUCGCGUGGAAGCCGGACAGCUUUAGGGCUUGAACUCAAACAACAAGCCGUCUCCGGACUGGCCCGUCACAGCCAGUUGUUCUUUUCUCCUUCCUUUUUUUUUUUUUUUUUUAGCCGGAGGGCGGAGGAGGGUCCUCCGGUUCUUCCCCGCGCUCCUCCUGCAGCCUCCGCGGGGGUGGGUGUGUCGACGCGGGGGCAGCGCGGCCUGGUUCGUGCGCGCUCCGAGAGAAAGAGGGGCAAAAAAAAAAAAAAAAGUUGGUCGGUGACUUCAGUGUGAGCGCGGAGCAGCCUCACCGGUUAGGAAUGGCAGUCUGGACCCGGGCGGACAAACGCGGCCAACUGGACCUUCUGCUGCGCGACCGCUGGAUCCGAGUGGCCGCCGAGCUCACCCGAGAAACGCUGACUUUAACCGCCGAGGCGGAGGCGACGGGGCCGGGGGGAAACCACUGGGACUACAACGGCUCCUCGGCGGCCCCGCGGAAUGGCGUGCCGAACGGAAACGAGCCGGGGGCGAGUCCGGGGAACCCCGCUCGCGUGCCGCCCUCGGGUCCGGAGCAGCUCCAGAGCCAGAACCAAGGGGGCAGGGCGCGCGGCGGCAGCCCGGGGCGCGGGGGUGUCGGCCGGUGUCAAACCGACGGCAACUACGGCCCCAGCAGCCCCGGGAAGUACCCGAAUAACUGCGCGAACUCUGAAUUCGGAAGCCCCGGAUCCAGCUACGGUAGCCCCGGGUCCAGCUUCGGGUCGAGGCAGGGCGACGCUGCGCUCAGCCCGGACGGCUCCUCGGAAGCCGUGCGCAAAGUCCGAGUUGUCAAACAGGAGUCCGGCGGGCUCGGGAUCAGCAUCAAAGGGGGCCGCGAGAACCGGAUGCCGAUCCUCAUCUCCAAGAUCUUCCCGGGGCUCGCCGCCGACCAGAGCCGGGCUCUCCGGGUGGGCGACGCGAUCCUGUCGGUGAACGGGAGCGACCUGCGGGAGGCGACGCACGACCUGGCGGUGCAGGCGCUGAAGAAGGCGGGGAAAGAAGUAACGCUGGAGGUCAAGUACAUCCGCGAGGUCUCCCCCCUCUUCAAGAAGCCGUCCCUGGUGGCCGACCUGCCGUGGGACGGCGCCCGCGCCCAGUCGCCGAGCUGCAGCGGCAGCGAGGACUCCGGGUCGCCCAAACACUGCGGCGCCUCCCCCAGGGACCGGAAGGUCAUGAGCCUGAAGAUGUGCUUCAUCAGCAGGAACCUCACCAUGCCCGACCUGGAGAACAGGCUCCUGGAGCUGCACUCCCCGGACGGCCAGCACACGGUGGUGCUGCGCUGCAAGGACGGCGCCACCGCCAACUCCUGGUUCACCGCCGUCCACACCAACGUCGCCGCCCUGCUGCCGCACACGCUGGCCCACGUCAACGCCUACCUGGGGGCCUCGUCCCCCGCGCACCCCCACCUCCAGCACAUCGGCUGGCUGGCCGAACAGGUGCAGCUGGAAGGCGGUCGGCAGCAGCACAAGCCGGUGGUCAUGGCGCUGACGGAGAAGGACAUUCUGCUCUUUGAGUCGGUGCCGUGGAGCCGGGAGUCCUGGUCGGCGCCUCUGCUCACGCACCCGCUGCUGGCCACCAGGCUGGUCCAGUGUCGCGGGGCCCGGGGCUCGCCGCCGCAGGGCUCGGACACGGCGUUCGUCACCCGGACGGGCACCGGCCGCGGCAUCGAGUCCCACGUUUUCCGAGUGGAAACCCAGUGGGAUCUGUCGACGUGGACGCGGGCCCUCGUGCAGGGGGCGCACGCCGCCGCCGAGCUCAUCAAAGAAGUCUCCAUUGGUUGCACGUUGAACCGGCAGGACGUCCGGCUCACGCUGCACUACGAGAAGGGCUUCACGGUGACCAGGGAGCCGGCGGACCCCCCCGGGGGCGCCGUGCUGUUCAGGUACCCCUACGAGAAGCUCAAGAUGUCCGCCGACGACGGGAUGAGGAACCUGUACCUGGACUUCGGGGGUCCCGAGGGAGAGAUGGUGUUCGACCUCCACUCGGGUCCCAAGCCGGUCGUCUUCGUCCUCCACUCCUUCCUGUCAGCCAAGCUCACCCGAAUGGGCCUUCUGACGUGAAAGAGCCGGCCCGACGCCGACGCCGCCGCCGCCGCAGCGCCGAGACCCGAGGGUUCAUUUCCCAUUUCUUUCUCUUUUUAUUUUCCUCCAGCUGAAGCCGCGAGUCAGACUUCCUACUUCUCCUCCAGCCUGUUGCGUUCAUUUGUAUUGCGAUAAAGGGGAACGGCGUCAUGAAAGCCAUGAAGUGUCCAGAGACGGUUGCACGAAAAGUAUCGAGUACUAAAAAUAGCCGAACAUUCCAUGAAACGAUGCAUUGAUCAUCUGACGCGAGGUUAUCCAAGAAGCUCCGGAAGGACUUUUAGACGAUGCCUAUCAUUCCACGACAGCCUUCCUGUGUGUGUGUGUGUGUGUGUGUGUGUGCGUUUUUAGCGCAUUAACUAUUGUCGUAAUCAGGAGCGCCAACUGUGCCUUUCCACACGUUAAACGUAUCCAAGGAACUCUUUGUAUCGCUUUUCUUCUUUUGCUGCCGCGAUAAAGUUUAAGCUUCCAACUUUUGCAAGCGAUAGUUUUACUCUUACAGUGUUACUUGCUAACAGUAACUCAUGUUACUGUGUUGUUGUUGUUGUUGUUGUUUUUUGUGUGUGUGUGUACCCGACGAUGGCAUGACCUCCUCAUACUGAUCUCAGUAGUGGAUGGCGGUCGUUUGCUUGAGGUAGCCGGUGUCCCGUUGCCGUGCCGACGCCAGCGUUUCUCCUGGCCGCGGACCGUAAACACGCGUCCCGUUGUGUUUGGGGUUAGACGACGGCGUUUUGCUUCUGCUUCCGUUAAAGCCUCGGGGCGCCGACCAAAGUCCGAGGGAGUAACCGUCACGCAAACCGUCUCGCUUCCUCCCUGAGCUUUUACUCGCAUCCCUCCGUCUCCGUGACAACGGAGGCCUUUGGAGCGCCGACGCACGUGUGACUGAAACGAAAAAUGAAAUCGCGUCAGGACCGCCGCGUGUUAUUCGCUAGUUGGCGCGCUAGUUCGCCGUGAGCGAACUCAUUGCCCGUCUUCCCCGCGGGCCCCCUCCGGUCGCUCCGUUCGUUUUUUUCCCGGGGAAACCGUCUUUCGGUUUCUGUUGCUACGGGAACCGUAGCAGUCGGUGGGGCCUCUGUUGGACACAACGGAGAAGUGAAGCCCGGGAGAACGCGAGACGUCCCCCUCCGUCCUCGGAUACGGGACCACCUUCCUUCUGUUUUUUGGGACUCGGACGUCCUCGUGAGGGUUUUAAUUUGCCUUUUUCUUCGUUCUCUUUUCUUACACCGAGCGGACUCGCGUACCCAUGUAGCGCCGCGUGCGUCAGUCCCCGUGUGGCCCUUGUGCUCCGCCCUCCUCCCAUUGGUUCCACGUCGGUCCGACCCCGCUGCGCAGACCUGAUUGUCUUAAGUUGGUCCACCGUCUUGCAGCUCCACGCACUAACCAACGGAGCCCCCCCCCCUUUUUUUUUUUUUUUUAAAUCUGUGAAUGUAAAACCUCUCCUCUGCUUCCCCCUCGAGGCGCCUCGUUCGCCUCCUGGCGACGGGGAGGCCGUCCCGUCUAUGCAAAGCAACGUUUCCACGAAGUGGGUUUCUGAACCAAAGGUAAUAUCCGUGGCAGCUCGCGUCGCUCACAAUCAUGGAGCACAACGGGAGGAAGCGGCAACCUGUCAUAUGCAAACUCCUCUAGACUUCCUUCCAGCGUGCCGUAUAUACAAUGUAAUAAUCAAAUGUAAAUACCUACCAAUAAAACUGUUACAAAUCA